AUGUCCACUUUACCCGAAACCCAGAAAGUUGUUCUUCAUCGAGAAAACGGUGAUUAUGAUGUAAUUGAAUAUUCAGAUUUUCCAACUCCAAAGAUUGAAUCGUCUCAUGAUAUAAUUGUGAAGAACUUUUAUGCUGGCGUUAAUUUUAUUGAAGCUUAUUUCAGAAAAGGAAUUUACAAAGCAAGUUUACCUUAUGUUUUUGGAAGAGAAGCCAGUGGUCAGGUUGUUGCAGUUGGAGCUGAUGUCAGUACUUUGAAAGUGGGAGACAAAAUUGCGUAUUUAUCCCCCAACACAUUUGCCCAAUACACUAAAAUCACAGACGAUAACUACAAGUAUAUAAAGUUAUCAGACAACGCAAGCGAUGAAGAGUUGAAGAUUUACGGGUCAUUAUUUUUACAAGGUUUAACAGCUUUGACGUUCGUUAACGAAGCCUACAAGGUACAAAAGGAUGACUAUAUUCUUGUUUGGGCAGCUGCUGGUGGGGUUGGUAAGAUUUUAGUUCAAUUGAUUUCACAACUCGGAGCCCAUGUGAUUGCCGUUGCCUCUACACCAGAGAAAUUGAAAAUAGCUCAAGAGUUGGGAGCAGAAUUCUUAAUAAACUCAACAACCGAUGACGUUCUUGGGAAAGUCAAGGAAAUUACUAAUGGAGAAGGUGUUGCUGCUUCGUUUGAUUCUGUGGGGAAAGAUACUUUUGACAUUUCAUUGAACUCAAUCAAAAGAAAAGGCACGUUUAUUAGUUAUGGAAAUGCAUCUGGACCAGUCACCCCAUUCCCAUUAUCUAUUCUUUCCCCCAAGAAUAUCAAACUUGCAAGACCCCAGUUGUUUGCAUAUAUUGGAAAUGCUGAGGAAUGGGAACAUUACUCAACAGAAUUGUUAAAGUUAUUUGAAAGCGGUAAGUUGAAGUUUGAUAUUUUCAAGACCUACGAUUUGAAAGAUUAUGUUCAAGCUGCAAAAGAUUUGGAAGGCAGAAAAACCACUGGUAAGUUGACAUUAAAGAUUUCUCAAUAG